CAAAGUGAAGAGAAAGAACCGGAGUUGAAAUAAAAGGCAGACAACAAAACAAAAACAAAACCGCUUAAUAUAAGACGCGCGCAAAGCGAUUUUAGGGGGAUUUUUCUCUGCCUUUUUUAUACAAAAGAAGUGGGAAAUUUGAAGCCAAAAGAAGGCGGUAUUGUAACCGUUUAAGCGGUUUUCGGUUACAGUAUUUGGAUCUCGCGAUCGUUACGGAGAGGGCUCCAAAGUGUACUUCUCUUGGAAUCGAAGAGUCGAGCAGUUAAUUCGUGUUGAUAACCUUUGUUAUUAAUCCUAAUUAUUUUGGUGAUUAAGUGUAUAAUAAGCGAUUUGGAGAGUUUUUUUUUUAUUGGUUUUUUGAAAUUGCUGCUCUACUACUAUUACUGCUUGUUGACUCGGUGAGUUAGAUAGAGUUCAAUGGCGAAUAGAGUCGGAGCGUUUUCGCAGACAAAUAAUGUAUCCUCUGAAGGAAACGGAAGGGAUGAUCUGUAUAUUGAGUUAUGGAAGUUAUGUGCCGGACCACUGGUUGAGGUUCCUCGAGCUGAAGAGAGAGUCUACUAUUUUCCUCAAGGGCACAUGGAACAGUUGGAAGCGUCCACGAAUCAGGACUUGAAUAAGAGGAUUCCGUUGUUUAAUCUUCCAUCGAAGAUUCUUUGCCGUGUUGUUCAUAUUCAGAUGCUGGCUGAACAAGAAACUGAUGAAGUUUAUGCUCAAAUUACUUUGUUGCCGGAACCGAAUAAUCAACCUGAGCCAACAACUCCUGAUGAAUGCACUCCUGAGCCUCAAAGACCUACUGUCCACUCAUUCUGCAAGGUUUUAACAGCCUCAGAUACAAGCACCCAUGGAGGGUUUUCUGUUCUUCGAAAACAUGCCACUGAAUGCCUUCCUCCACUGGACAUGAACCAGGCAACGCCAACCCAGGAAUUGGUUGCAAAGGAUCUUCAUGGUUAUGAGUGGCACUUUAAGCAUAUAUUCAGAGGCGAACCAAGGAGGCAUUUGCUGACAACAGGAUGGAGUACAUUUGUAACUUCAAAGCGAUUAGUCGCUGGUGAUUCCUUUGUGUUUCUGAGAGGAGAGAAUGGGGAGCUUCGUGUCGGAGUUAGGCGUGUAGCUCACCAACAGAGCAGCAUGCCGUUGUCAGUGAUAUCAAGUCAGAAUAUGCACUUAGGAGUGCUUGCAACUGCAUCUCAUGCUGUUUCAACCCAGUCCCUCUUUGUUGUCUACUAUAAGCCAAGGACAAGUCAGUUCAUCAUUGGGUUGAACAAAUAUUUAGAUGCCCUUAAUGGUAAGUUUGCAGUUGGCAUGAGAUUUAAGAUGAGGUUUGAAGGGGAAGAUUCUCCUGAUAGAAGGUUUUCUGGAACAAUUGUUGGGGUUGAAGACUUUUCUCCUCACUGGAAAGAUUCAAAAUGGCGUUCGAUGAAGGUACAAUGGGAUGAGCCUGCCUCUAUUCAGAGGCCUGACAGGGUUUCACCAUGGGAGAUAGAACCCUUUGUUGCUCCAAUUCCACCAGCUCUGGCUCAACCGAAUGCAGCUAAGAACAAAAGGCCUCGACCGCCCGCUGAAAAUCCUGCUCUACAUAUGUCAACAACAGCAUCAGCUCCUUGGAAUUCUGGAGUGAUGCAUUCCCAUGAUCCAACUCAGCGUAACAUUUCUGCCGAAGCUAAAAGAAAUGAGAAUCAUGCCAUGUGGCAUCACAUGCAGAUACAGAUAAACAGUAGUUGCGGCUCUGUCUCGAAGACUCAAAAUGAAGGAAGCUGGCUGUCUUCUGGCAUGAGUGUUUCUCAGCAUCUGUUUCCCGAUGCAAGGGAGGAUAGCAAAAGUGUGUCUGGUUGGCCUCUUCUUUCAGGCUUUUCAAAUCCACAACUGAAGGAUGAUUCAACCUUUGAUCCAAUUGAAAAGUUAAAGAAAUCCGAGACCGCAGCUAGUUGUCGAUUGUUUGGUAUUGAACUGAUAAACCACUCUGUGAGCUCAACAACUCCAGUGGAGAGGACAUCCACACAACUUUCUAAUGUGACUGCCUGUACAACUGAAGGACAUGGUCCAACUGUUCUCUCACCCACUGACUCUGACCAGAAAUCUGACAUGUCAAAAGAUUCUAAAGAGAUGCAACAAGAACAGUUACAGGUAUCGGCAAAAGAGAUCCAGAACAGGCAAAGUUCUAAUUCUACAAGAAGUCGUACUAAGGUUCAGAUGCAGGGGGUUGCCGUUGGUCGUGCUGUGGACUUGGUCACAUUGGCAGGAUAUGAUCAGCUUAUAGAUGAAUUGGAGGAGAUGUUUGAUAUUAAGGGAGAGCUUCGCCCUAUGAAUAAGUGGGAGAUUGUUUACACUGAUGAUGAAGGGGAUAUGAUGCUCGUAGGCGAUGACCCAUGGCUGGAAUUUUGUAAUAUGGUAAGAAGGAUUUUUAUCUGUUCAAGCCAGGAUGUGAAAAAGAUGACCACAGAAAGCAAACAUCCCACGUCUAUUAUUGAAGGUGAAGGGACUGUGAUCAACUCGGACUAAAGUAGGGACAUUUUCUUUUAUUUUCCCCAUUCAGUACCUGUUGUUUGUUUUUGUUGUUGCCUGUGGGAGCUUUUGUCUUUGACUUUUGAACUUAUGGAGGUUGUUAAGAGAGUCGAGGGAACAUGAAUCACUAGCUCGGUUUUUGGAGCCGCCUACCAUAGGAGACUAAAAUACAUCUCCUGGAUUUGAAGAACCAAGACUUGUUAGUAUGGGUUAGAGGCUAGGAGUAGGAUCAUGUGAAUACUUCAGUGUGGUGGGUGGUGUUUCUAAUCUUUAGGUUUCCUCCGCUCGUAAAUAUAUAAAUGUCCGUUAGUCGUUAGCCUCUGGGGGUCGGUUUUCGUUAGUGAUUAGCAGGUAGCCUGGAUUAGGAUAUGAAGCAGUGAGCUGAUUGAGGAUGUCAAAUCCUUUGUAAAUUUUCAUUGCUUUGCGAAGCUUUAGACCUUUUAUCUCCG